GAAGCUGCGACUGCGACUGGGUCUAUCAUCAGUCCGUGAGACGGUCUCAAAGCUAUUGGUCGUGUUGUCGCUUUUGUCGGAAAAACAGCAGCACGUAACGCUGAGCAGAAGAGAUCCACUACGUAAAGCGGUCGAGACGUAACGCCAUGCGAUCGGUGAUAACGGUGAAACAUUCAAAAUGAAGCGUUACCGUUUACAGUGAAGUGAAGAUAGGAUCGCUAAGGAUACAUCCUAAAUUUAAAAUAUAUAUUAUGUGUAAAUUAAAUGUAUAAAUGCAAAUUCCUAACUGUGUCACUUUCAUCCUAGACAAAAACAAAAAGAAACUAUCUCCAAACUUGAAUCUUCCUAUAGACAAUAAAUCUUUACAACUUUGCUGUAAAUCUCGAAUAAAACAUACCGUUUAUGCUCUCACAAAUCAAAUCACAAAUUUCUAAGGAAUUUCAUGAACUACGCCCAGUAGAUGAUAUGAUAUUAAAACACUUACAUACAGAGAUGCAUAUCUAUGGCCUAUAUAUACCAGAGAUCGGUGCUAAAUCAAUGAUAACUACUCGCUUAGAUCCAAUUAAUGCAAAUUGUGACAGCGCGUAGAUGCAAAGUGAUCCAAGCCAAGCUGCACGGAAAUCAACAACAAAUGCCACCGAGACAUGUGUACAGGCUGAUGAUUAUGGGCAGACAUUAAACAGACAAUCCAUAAUGAAAUUAUAAAAUUGAAAAGAUUAUAGCCCGGGCUGAGCGAUCGUCGAGAGGAAACUAAAACGACUGGGAAGUGCGGAGAGAUUGGAUCGAAGCGGCUUGGCCGGGGAUCGAUGUCAACUCCGGGGAGAACAGCUCGCCAAUUAAAACGAAUUAAAUGUAGAAAUAUAAUGAAAAGUAAUUCUAAGCAACUUGAAUCAUAAAUCAGACCAAGCUGUACAGCGCGAGUGAUUGUAAAAAGUGUAAAAAGAUCAGUAAAAUAUACCUAUAUCUCAAAGUGGCAACUUCCCUCGUAUAUACGUACAACUAAAGCUCCUAAUUACCAUAAAUCUAAAAGAGUUAAAUACAAUAAUUUAUUUAAUACAUUCAAUCAACAUCUUUAAUCGUUGACUACAUUUUAUUGAUAAUAAUAUUGAUAUUGUCAGCUAGGCAAUAUUUAUAAGGAAUUGUACAAAGAUAUUUUCUGCAAUCAAAUCGUUGAUAAAACUUCAAGCCCGCAAUCCUAAAAGCAUUCCUUUAUGAACUAAAAUCCAUCUGAAAAAAACUAAAUACUAAACUGAAAUUCCCACGCGCCAUCGGAUAUCAAAGCUGGAUAUAUGCAGUAUAUCUUAUAUCUUAUAUCUUGGCCCGAUCACAGGAUGACUUACGAUCUACAACAACAACAAAAACCAGCUGAAGCAACAACAAUAACCACAAGAAGAUCGAAUUUGUAUAGCAGCCAAUGCCAGACGAGUUAUCAACAUCCGUAAGGCCGAGAGGGAAAAAUACGCUGCAAUAGCCAAACGGUGCUCAAAUGGUGAUUUCUUCCUGCCAGCGGCCAACGGAUAUCCGUGCGGAUUUUAUACCAACAACGACCACCGCAGCCACGACAACCAGUUGUGCAAUUAGAGCAAAAGCUGCUUACUAAACUAGAAGAGGCUGGCAAAUUGAUGCUACCAAAGCGAUCAGAAGUAUCAGACAUGUACAUAACCACUGUAAAUCAAAGGCAAUUUUGAAUGUGAAUCAUUCUGAGCGUCUUGGCACCAGACGCAUUGAAAGUCGAAAAGCGAGCACAAAACCUAAAACCUACAACUUGGCAGCCUGGCAGCCUGGGCACUCAAUCGAACCGCCAGUCCACCAAUCAAUCAAUCAGCAAUCAAUCAAGGCGAAAAGGCAGGAAAACGGAGAAAAACUCGGUUACGGCCCGUUUGCGACCUAUGAGAGUUAUGAGAGAGAAAGACCACUCACCAAGAAAGAUGCUUCCUAGCCCAAAACAGGGCUGCGUAUACCCUGCCUUAGGAUUAAUACCCACUUCGUAUAUAUCACACGUACCUUAUGAUCUGGCCUCCUCAGCGGCGGCGGCCACAUCCUCGUCAUCAUCGUCGCCGACGACGACGUCAGCAACGACAACUGGGCGGCUGCAGCACCAACACUCCCACCAGCAACACCAGACCAUAAAUCACCAUGCCAAGGGCAAGCGGAGAGGCAGUUUCGAUCAGCCGUUGGAUCUGCGAUUGGCCCACAAGAGGAAGACGGAUCUGGCGGAUCAAGGACCCAUGGAGGAUGAGAACAGCAACCUGAUCAUGUUCGCCAGUGAACUGGCAGUGGCUCAGCAGAAGGAGAAGGAGCUGAACAACAACCAUAUAGCAGCUUCGCUGGCUGACCUGGGCUUUGACAUGAGCCGCAAAAUGCUGAGGGCCUUGAGAGAGGGUGGUGCAGGCGGUGGAGGUGGAGGUGGAGGAGGAGGAGGAGGGGGUGGCCCACCCAGCGCACCGCCCUUAACACCACCGCAAUGUUCGAUACCCGCCGUGCAUCCCACUCUCCUAGAAGCCAUGACCAAGAAUUUGCCCUUGCAGUAUCGCAAUGUGUUCGCUGGAGUCUUGCCCGGAAAGGUGACCAGUCCAGCGGCCUCCAGUAGCCCCACGGGUGCGGAUUUCCCGUUCCGGCAUCCGCUCAAGAAGUGCGAGCUCACCUGGCCACCGCCCACAGAGCAGUUGCAACUGGAGCUGCCCCAUCCGAACCCGAAGUUAUCGCCGGUCCUGCCCCAUCCGCAACUGCAGGACUAUCAAACGAGGAGGAAGAACAAGGCCAGAACAGCUGCCACCGGGGGCAAUGCCACGCCCAACUUGCCGCAACGCAACAAGGAUCGUUACACCUGCAAGUUUUGCGGAAAAGUCUUUCCGAGAUCGGCGAACCUGACGAGGCAUCUCCGAACGCAUACGGGCGAGCAGCCCUACAAAUGCAAAUACUGCGAACGUUCCUUUAGCAUAUCCUCGAAUCUGCAGCGCCAUGUGCGGAAUAUCCACAACAAGGAGCGCCCCUUCAAGUGUGAGAUAUGCGAGCGAUGCUUUGGCCAACAGACGAAUCUGGACAGGCACCUCAAGAAGCACGAAUCGGAUGCGGUGUCCUUGAGCGCCUUGUCGGGCGUGAGCGAAAGGAUGCACUGCAUACGCAGAUUCUGCGAGAAUCCCACAGAAGAAUCCUAUUUCGAGGAGAUACGCAGCUUCAUGGGCAAGGUCACGCAGCAGCAGCAGCAGCAGCAGCAACAGCAACAGCAGCAGCAGCAGCACGACCAACAGCAGCAGCAACAGCAUCAGUCAACCGCAACAUCGGCGUCCAGUUCGUGCUCCUCGUCGCGGGACACGCCCACAUCCUCGCAGGAGGAGGCGGACAAUGCGCCAGCAACAUCGACGGCUGACACGGCAGCAACAUCGUCCAGCAGAGACCAGGAGGAGGAGGACUCGCAGCCCAUCAUGGAGCUUAAGAGGACCCUCACCUCCAAGCUCUUCCCCAGCACAACCGCAGCCACCGCUAUCACGACGCCCCAAACAACAUCCAUCAAGGAAGAGGAACCCUAACUACGUAAAAUCCAUUUCAACAAACCAAUUUCCUAUAGCAGAGGAGCCGGAAGGAGGUGAAGAGGUCCGUAAACUAUGUCUAACACCUAGCUGAGGAGCAGAUCCCUAAAACUAUGUCUAAUAUCUAGCUGUAAAUAUAUAUACAUGUAUCCCUAAACCCCUAUAUGUUCUACAAAUACGUGUAAAUCGAGUUGUACAAAUCGAGAAUUGGCAGAUAUUUUAAUAUAAAUAAAUACGAACGUAUGUGCAUAACUAUUAUUAGAUUCGUCCUAAGCAUUGGUAUUCUUUUGUACAUAUACGAGCGUGACAUGACGAAAAGUGUAUGAAAAGUAAUGACAAACAAAACAACGCGCCCACUGUUUAAAUAAAAA